GGCAAUGGCGGCAAUGUUCGUUUGGCGUGUCUCAGAAACUUGUGUCCGUUGGUUCAUCGUUUCGAACGUGAGCUCUGAAAUCAAUCCCAUUUCUUUUACAACGUGCUGCUGCUCCCUUCCUGCAUUAUUUGCCGAAUCAAGGAGCAUCAUUCGGAAAGCAGCUCGUUACGCCACGCUUACGUUACCCCGCUGUUCAGAACAGCCGGCUUUGAAGGGGACUGCUGUGCAUCGAAUGCAAUGAAGAAAGAUGCUGACAGGAUCGAGUGGCCUGAAGAGGCCAGCAGCUGCAUCAAGCCAUGACAGCCCCGUUGGAGGUUCCUCUCCUGUAAAUUUGGCUUCCAGCUGCACCUGUUUCGUUCCUCGUGCAUCUGUUGGUACAGACAGAUCCUGCAGACAUAGGCACACAAGAAGGCACUACAGCAGUGCCCUGCCCCAGCACUCCAGGUUCAAUUGCCGUCUCCAGUUUGAAGGACAACCCCCCAACUGCAGGCCCAGGACAUCCGUCCUCACAGUUCGGCUCCCAUACCACCUGAUGGUGAGGUAAGUGUCAGCGAUGUGCUGGAUAGGCCUUCUUAUGCAGGCAACAGUAAUGAUCCAGAGGGCAGACGAGAUGGCCCAAGGGAUUCUGACAGCAAGAAAACUCAGAUGACCCUGGUAGCUGUGACAGCAACACCAGCACCAAUGUGGAGGAUGAGUCAGCUGAGGACAGCAGUGACUCGGACGAGGGGGAGGACGGCAUGGAGGAGAGCAAUGCUCCUGGUGACACCAGCUAUGCGCCCUCCACAAAUGGUGCCUCCUGGAGCGUUUCAAGGUGUGCCGCAAGUGCCAUGCCCCUUGCUGCAACACCACAGAUGUUGUCGGCACACUACUGAUUGUCAACAGAAGACAUGGUGGAGCCAACCAAAGCAACAAGUCCGUCAACAUUCAAGCCAUCUCGGAGCGCACCUACAACAAUAUCAGACUGGUUAUCUGAUGCCUGCUGCGAAUCGGUGUAUGAGCAGCAGAACACUGAGCUUCUGCAAGGUCUCCGAGGCAAGAGCAUUGCCCUUGCUGGGAUGGACGCUGCGAUUUGCCAGGAUUCAGCGCAAAGUACUGCACCUACAGCUUCCACAAGGCAGUCACCAGGAAGAAAGGCGAGAUUCCUUCGACAUGUACAUCGGACAAGCACCCUCGGAUGUGUCGCCUAGGAAACAAAAGGGUUUCAUGAACAAGUAUAUCGCGGAGCAACUUCAAGAUAUCGACAGGAAGCUGCAGUUUUAAGCUACUUUUGGGAAUUUAGUUUUCCUGUUGAUAUGAUGACAACCAAGAAGAGGCACCGUCCCUCGAGGGGUCAGUGCAGACCUCCGCGUGCAAG